AAAGAAAUUGGGAGAACGCCAUCAAUCGUAGAGUUGGUCGCUCGGACACACAAAAAGUCCGAUGGGACAUAUGUCGAUCCCCGUGCAGAACGAGUUGUAAGCACGGUAACUCAACGACUUACCCAACUCUCGCAAAAUGUUGGCGAUUCAGCGGGUUCUUCAUCCGGUCUCUCUGCAUCGGACCAAUAUCGUUGUUAUGUGGAGUCGGUCUCUCCAAAUAAGAGCCGCAUCUAUGGAUUAGGAGGAUUGCAGCGAGAUUUGUUCGAUGAUUUCGGUGCAGCAAUUCCUCCUGGCAUGCAGAACUAUCUCGAACAACAACGGCGGAUUGAGACACUCGAGCAACAACUUGCGGCGACGAGGCAACAAGUGUCUAACCUCGAACAAAUCGUCGAGUUUUUGCGGGGUGAUCGACCACUGCACAAUACGCCGCCAAGCUCGGGAGCAGAAACGACGGCACGUAAUCUCGGGACUAGCGAGGACGAAGAAACUCAUUGUUCAGUAUAA